GAAAGGUAUAAGCCCUCCCAGAACAAGCUGAGACUUUGCGAACUGGCAAAGUCAGUGAAAGUCGCUUGUUUUUCAGAGUUUGUUGGAUUAUGCUGUGACAGAGGAGUCCAUGUGUUAUUUUGUGUUCAGCUCUUUUGACUGGUGCAUUUUUUGAUUAUAAUUGUCUGGAGGAAAACUGAACAUAGGUUUCACACACAGCACACUCCCAUUCAGCAAUGAUACAAUCAAGGGCUGAAUAUAUAUUGAGGCCGAUGUCAAUGAAUGUGCAGAGGAGCAAUCACUGACUGCGGACUGCAUUAAAAGAAGAUUAUCGUGGAUCACAUGGAUCACAGUGACAUGGUGACGCCAGCACAUGGGGAGCUCUGCCCAAAUAGCUACAAUUCCUACUGUCUUAAUGGAGGCACCUGCUACAUUUUAACAACGUCCAAUCCUUUCUGCUGGUGUAAUGACAGCUUCAAAGGAAGCCGAUGUGAAGAGUUCCUGCUUGAGAGCCAAAAGCCAGAUAGGACCAUAAGUCCAUCGCUGGUUGUUACCAUUGUGAUGACUCUGCUUAUUGCCUUAGCUGUGAUUAUUGGAACACACUUCUGCUGCAAGAAAUGGAGACAAAGGAGAAGCAAUCAGCAGAAUAGCAGCCUGUACCACAUAGUAGCGACACGUGGAGCCGCCAACAUCAGGGAGAUAUUAUCAGUCAGAAUCAAAAAGCAGGAUGUGGAUUGCAGACCUGUUUAAAUGCACCAAGGUGGGCUUGUUUUAAGUGAGAAACAUUGAAAUGAGUGACGAUUCUGAACUGUGGUGCUGAGAGAAUCUCACUUGAAAUGAAUGAGCGGAACAUUUGAGACAGGCGCAAGUGUCCAUCAGCGACAGCAAAAGUUCAUUGUUCAUUCCUAUAAUCCAGCUCUCCCAGGCCGUGAGUAACAGAGAUCUCCAUAUUCCACCUGUCACUGGACUCCCUUCUAUGUUCCUCGAAGCACCUCAGCUGUUAUGCCACAGUUAUGAAACUCAUUUGUUUUACCAGCGAUGGAACUUCUUAAACUCAGAACAUUUACAGCUGGAAUUAACUUUUCGUCAGUACUUUACAGUCUCCUGGACUGGGCUGCAAGGCAUAAAACAGACCCGCCCUUGUCAGCCGUACAAACUGAUGAAUAACAAUUUAAGUAUUGUCCAACUUGUAAGUGGUGGUCGCACUAUAAAAGCUAUGUAUAUUCUACUUAUAUUCUGCAACGAGAGAAAUUAAAUUAGUGAAAAUGGA